UGACAGCAACUAUUAAUGUUUUUUGCACGUGAAUUUCUAUCUGACGCGUUUUUUCCGCGGUGAACUGCGUUUUUCGCACCGCACUGCCAAACUACAUUGAGAUAAGCAAUAGUUGUGGUUAACUGUGGAAUAGAACAAGGAAAUAAAGUAAGAUAAUUACAAUUUUGGCUUUAUUUAAAUCUUUAGAGGCCAGUAGUCAGUACGGCUUAGGUUUAGUUUAUCUAGUUGGUAGUUUUGUGUGUUUAUCCUUUUAAAAACUCGUCACAAGGCCUGGAAGCCUCAAGCCGCGUUGUUACUGCGAAAUAAUUUUUUUAUUGGAGCUGAAACUAGUUUAUCCCAACUGCCUUAUGUUUUUAAACCGCUCAAGUUUCAUCAUACUGGUAUAAAAGAACAGCAGCUCCAUCAUGUGAUAAUGGCAGAGGUGUCAAACAGGAAUAAGAAGGCCUCCUCCACGGGGCUCCUCAAUAACUACAGAUAUUUAUACAAGAAGUCUAUUCGGAUAAACGCAAUGGAGAAUGAAAUGUUCAGGAAGAAACCCCAACAGAAGGUGCUUGUUCCCAAGAGAAAAACCAAAAGAAGCGGCACCUGGGAUGAAUCCCUGAAUAUGAAUACAUCCAUAAAGAAGGCUAAAAUCAGCGACACGUUGAACUCGGAAAACAAAAGUGUUGAUGUAACAAAACAUGAAGACUCGUCUGUCUUUGACCAAGAUAGUCUAAUAUCAGCCCUCCGAGACCAGUGGGAGGUGGAUAGUGGUUUCUCCUCAGAAACCAGUCCUCCACCCAGCGGUCGGAGUUCACCAUGUCUCAGCUCGUGUUCAACCUCUGUGGUUGCUUUGGACUGUGAGAUGGUGGGGACAGGGCCCGGCGGGCGAUGCAACGAGCUGGCUCGCUGCAGCAUCCUGAACUAUCAUGGUAACGUCCUGUAUGACAAAUACAUCAAACCAUGUCAGCCUGUCACAGAUUUCAGAACCCGCUGGAGCGGCAUACAAAGGCAUCAUCUCCAAAACGCCACACCAUUCUAUCAGGCCAGAGAGGAGAUCUGCAGCAUACUUGAAGGCAAAGUGGUUGUGGGUCACUCCAUCCACAAUGACUUUGAGGCUCUGGACAUUGUCCAUCCUGGACACAUGAUCAGGGACACAUUUACAACACGUCUUCUGAGUCGACUGGCUGGUUUCCCUCGUGAGCGAUACUCGUCACUAAAAAUCUUGUCCAGUAAGCUUCUGAACAGAAAGAUACAGGCUGGGAGGAAAGGUCACUGUUCAGUGGAGGAUGCCCAAGCUGCCCUCGAUCUCUACAAGCUGGUGGAGGGCGAGUGGGAGCAGGAGCUGCAGAGGAAGCUGAGAGAUGACGAAGCUCCAUGUGAGCCGAGCUUUGCCUCGUCAAACCACUACAUGCAGGACGAGUACUGGCCAGAGGAGGUUGUGACAGAAAGCCAGUGAAAAGCAUUCAUUCAUGUUAGAGGGUACCAUUAUGUGAAUAAAAAAAACAAUUUAAUAGUUAGUAAGCGAGACAAGUUUAUCGACCUUGUCCCUCUGAAGAGGAAAAUUAUUUAAUAACUUAAAUGAAAACAUUUUGUGAGUUAAACAUGGUGCACAUUACCUCCUUGCUUUUAAGAUGUUUGGCAUUCUAAACCAAACUGAUGGCAAAGACUCUGAAACACUUUAAGCUGCCGUUUUCUGUAAAUGUGAGUUUUGGAGUGCUUUUAAGAGUUGGCUAGUCUGAAAAGAUAGUCGGUGCUUUUGAAAUGUUUAGAGGCUUAUUUGUUUUUGAAAAUCUACAGCAGUAAUAUUUGAAUGUGCUGAGCAGAACCUUUUGAAGCUUGUGUAAAAGUUCACCACCUCAAAGCCUUUAACCGGUGUUUUAGUUUCUUUUAAACCUGUUAAUUGAACUGAUCGUGAGCCUUUGUUUGUGUCACUGCCAGCAGAGGGAGACAAGUUCAUGUUCUCAGCUGGACUCUAUACACGACUUUUGGUGAAAUAAAACAUUGCAAAUAAUUCACUAA